AUGUCGAGAAUAGACAAGCUCUCCAUCUCCGGCGUUCGGUCCUUCAGCCCGGCCGCCCGCGAGGCCAUCCAGUUCUACACUCCGCUGACUCUCAUUGUUGGCUACAAUGGCUCCGGAAAGACGACAAUCAUCGAAUGUCUGAAAUAUGCAACCACAGGCGAGCUGCCUCCCAACAGCAAGGGCGGCGCCUUCAUUCACGAUCCAAAGCUCGUUGGAGAAAAAGAGGUCCUGGCCCAGGUCAAGCUGCAAUUCCGCUCCAUCAACGAUCGACAACAUGUGGCGACUCGAAGCAUACAGCUCACCGCAUCAAAGAAGACGAGGACGCAAAAGACGCUCGACUGCUCACUAGUAGUCGUCAAUAACGGAGAGCGGACCACGACGUCAACCAGACAGGCGCAGCUGGACGAGAUGAUCCCCGAGCGCCUCGGUGUCUCUCCAGCCAUUCUCGACGCCGUCAUAUUCUGUCACCAGGAUGAGUCUCUCUGGCCGCUGAGCACGCCUGUCGUCUUGAAGCAGCGCUUCGACGAGAUCUUCGAGGCCAUGAAGUACGCAAAGGCCAUUGAGAAUCUCAAGGUGCUCCGGAAAAAGCAGCAAGAGGAGCUUGUCAAACUCCAGGCCGACGAGGCACACAACAAGAUCAACAAGGACAGGGGCGAACGGGCCGAAAAGCGCAUGAGUGCGCUGCAGGCAGAGAUUGAAGCGGCUCGCGACAAGUGUGAAGCGCUGACAGCCGAGAUGCAGCAGACGCAGGAUAUGAUACGCCAGAAGCAUGAGCAAGCCAACAGUUUCCUCCAAAUCGUCCAGAAUCUCAACAACAAGCGAGAGCAGCUCGAAUAUAGACAGGACGCUGUUGACGAACUCAGACAGACGAUUGAGGAAUUGCCGGACGACGAUGCAGCCCUCGAGCGCUCCUUGUCCCAGUACGAGGACAGCAUGGCUCGUUAUCAACAAGAGGCCGAGCAGAACAAGGCACAGUACGCUGAGCUCCAAAAGGAGCUGGCGAAUCAUCGUCAAUCCCUGUCAGCGAAGCUGGCCGAGCAGGGAAAGCACCAGUCGGACAAGGACAAAUAUGAGCGCCAACUCAGAGCGAGGGUGGAGCUGAUCCAAGAAGCUGCACGGCAGUACAACCUCAGAGGCUUCGACGGGGACUUGAAGGACCAGCAGAUUCGAGCCUUCCAUGACAAGAUCCAGAAGCUCCUGGCAGAAAAGAAGCGGGAUCUGGAGCGACUGCAAAAGGAAAACGCUGCGGAGCUCGACAGGGCCACGGGUGUUAUUACGGAGCUCGAGGGUCGCAAAGCUGCCCGAACGCAAGAUCGCGUAUCUGCGAAACAGCGCAUGGGGGCCAUUGAAAAGCGCACAAGCAUUCUGCAGAACGAAGCCGGGAGCAUUGACGUUGACGAAGGAGCCAAGGCCCUCCUAGACGCGCAGCUUGGGGAAUUGGAAGCAAGAUACAGGCAGGUCCAGCAAGACUUGGACAAGGCCAACUGGGACCAGCAGUUGAGUGAGGCCAACGAUAAGCAGUGGCAGUUGGAGAACGAGAACGAAAAGCUGGGCCGGGAGCUUGUCGAGUGCACCAGGCUGGCAUCGGACCGGGCGCAGCUCGAACUUCGCAAAAAGGAAAUGGCAGACCGGAAACGAAAGCUCGAAACAUUGACCGAAAUGUGGAAGGACAAGCUAAACGGCGUCUUGGGGAGCAACUGGGAACCGGAUUCGCUAGACUCCCUGUUCCAGUCGGUCCAGGGCCGCCAAAGCAAAGCUCUUCAGGAGGCUCAGAAACGUCGAGACCAGACGAGGCAGAAGCAGCAAAAGGUCGAAUACAAACUGAAGAAUGCAAAAGAAACGCACGGGAAAAGAUCCCAACAGAUGGAUCGGAGCAAGCAACAAGUUGUCGCUGCGCUGCAAAAGGUCCGUGACGGCGCUGUCGUGGAAGACUAUGUGGAGGAGGUUGCUGCUGUUGAGCAGCAAGUCGAGGAGCUUCGCACCGAUCUCAGUCUCUUUGACGCUCUCUUUGACUACUACAACAAGUGCAAGCGUAUGCUGGAUACGCAGAAGAAGUGCCGACUUUGCGAACGCCACUUUGAUGACGGCCAGGCGGCAACUCUCGAUCGCCUGCGCAAGAAGAUUGACAAGCAUCUGGAUCCAAAGGGCAAAGUUGAUACGGAAAAGGACCUGAAAGAGGCAGUGGACAACCUGGAAUCACUGCGGGCGGUGCGCUCGGCCUUUGACACUUUUGAACGGCUUUCGGCAGAGCUGCCUCCUCUUUUGGAGGAGUGGAAGACUGCGGAAGUCGAAUAUGAGGCUCUGGAAAGGCAGCUUGAAGAGGAAGAUGCCCUCGUCGUGGCAGAGGAGGGGAAACUGAGAGACAUUGGGGACCUGGCCAAAACAGUAGCGAACAUCUCUCAGACGGUCAAAGACAUCAAAGACGCCGAGGCCCAGGUAGACCACAUCGUCUCGCAACAGUCGUCCAGCGGCGUCACUCGCAGUGUCGAGGAGAUACACGAGCUCCAGUCCAACGUGUCUGAGCAGCUCAGAAGCCUCAAAAACAAAAUCUCCAAGCUCACGACUGAUAGGCAACGGAUGAAGGAUCAACUCAACUCACUUGAGCUGGAGAAGAGCGAGCUGAGAAACAAGAUUGGGCGCACCGCGGGACAGCUCGAGAAGAAGAAGGACCUCCAGAACCAGAUUCAAACUCUCAAGGAAGAUUACAACCACCAGCGUGAAGUAAUACAGCGGACUGAUGAGGAACUGGAGAAGAUUGAGCCGGGUAUUGCAGAGGCAAGAUCGGCUCGCGACCAGAUUCUUCGCCAGGGCCGUUCCAAAGAGCAAGUCGUUACCGAGGAGCGAGAUGCCAUUCUCAACUCUAUGAGCGAAAUCAAGAUGAUGGAUCUCGAUAUUCAGGACUAUGUCGAUCGUGGCGGCCUCACUAACCUGGCGUCCAACCAGCGAGCAAUUGCUUCUCUCGAGACAGCCAUUAGUACCACAGAAAAGGAGAUUGCUGAUCUGACGGUGCGGACGAACAAGCUCAAGCAGGACAUUGACAGCGGAGACCGCAAGAAGAAGAACAUCAGCGACAACCUCAACUACCGCAAGCAUUUGCGGACACUCGACGUCUUGCGGCGAGACAUUGCAGAGCUGGAGGAUCGAAAUGCCCACGAGGACUACGAGCGCCUGCAAGCAGAGGCUCGCUCGCUGGAGAAUACAGCCAACCGGCUGCUGGCCGAGCGCGGCUCCGUCAUGGGCUCGAUGAAGACCAAGGACGAGGAGCUCGGCCGGCUCCUGCAGGAAUGGGAAAUGGACUACAAGGACGCCAAGCAAAGGUACCGCGAGUCGCACAUCCGCGUCGAGACCACAAAGGCGGCGAUCGAGGACCUGGCGCAAUGCAGGCUCGCCGUCGAGUCAGCCGUGAUGCAGUACCACGCCAUGAAGAUGGCCGAGGUCAACCGCAUCGCCGGCGAGCUGUGGCAGACGACGUACCAGGGCACCGACAUCGACACCAUCCUCAUCCGCUCCGACAACGAGACCACCACGGGCCGGCGCAACUACAACUACCGCCUGGUCAUGGUCAAGCAGGACGCCGAGAUGGACAUGCGCGGCCGCUGCUCCGCCGGCCAAAAGGUGCUCGCCAGCAUCGUCAUCCGCCUCGCCCUCGCCGAGAGCUUCGGCGUCAACUGCGGCCUCAUUGCGCUCGACGAGCCGACGACGAACCUCGACCGCGACAACAUCAAGUCCCUGGCCGAGAGCCUGCACCGCAUCAUCCAGGCGAGGCAGCAGCAGAGCAACUUUCAGCUGAUUGUCAUUACGCACGACGAGGAGUUUCUGAGGCACAUGCGGUGCAGCGACUUUUGCGAUAGCUUCUUUAGGGUCAAGAGGGAUGAGAAGCAGAAUAGCGUGAUUUCGAGGGAGAGCAUUACCAAGAUUUUCUAAAA